AUGAUUAAAGUCGUAAUUGCUGGUGGUUCGGGAGAGCUUGCUAGGGAAGUCAUUGACUCCUUGCUAGCCAGAAAAGAACAUGAGAUUAUGGUCAUCUCUCGGGCUCAAUUCUCCUGUGAACCGAAGGAUGGACUUCGCUGCCGUAUUGUAGACUAUCAGAACAGAGACAGUCUAGUUGAUGUUCUCCGAGGAUAUCACACAGUUCUCUCAUUCAUCAACCAAUCUAUCGAUCACGGCAAUGCUUCUCAAAAGGCUCUCAUCGAUGCUUGCAUUGCGGCGGGUGUCAAAAGAUUCGCUCCCAGCGAGUAUGGUUGA